AUGGAUUCCGCCCUCAUCACCCAUUGGGUGCUUACCUGGGUGGCAAUCGGCUUGAUUGUCCUUCGGCUGCUACUGCGGAAGUUGAGAGGACAGUUCAUCUUGGGCGAUUAUUUCGCAAUGGGGGCGAUGCUGUGUGCAUUCAUACGCCUUGCCUUGGUCCAUGUUAUUCUUAUCUGGGGAACCAACAAUAUGUCUAACACGUCCAGACGUACACACCAUUUCACCCUGGAGGAGAUCCGUCGCAGAGAGAUCGCGAGCAAAUUCGUGCUCACCGAUCGAGUGUUCUAUACUUCCUAUCUCUGGUUGCAAAAGUUGGUUCUGCUUGAUGCCUACCGCAGACUGAUCACGCACCUUCGCUGGGAGAAGGCCACGAUGAUCUCAUAUGUUGGCAUAUUUGCAACGACGUAUAUAACUGUACAAAUUGUGACUUUCACAGAGUGCAAUCCAUUCAAUCAUUACUGGAUGGUAUUGCCGGAUCCUGGGACAUGUUGCCAAGCACAGCUCCAAUUGAUCGUCCUCGGUGUCUUCAAUGUCAUCACCGACCUUAUGCUUAUCGCUUUGCCGAUCCCAAUACUUGUCCUGGUUAAACGAUCCACUGUUGAAAAAAUCCAGCUAGCGGCCCUCUUCGCCGUCGGCUUUUUCAUCGUUGUAGUCACUAUCGCUAGACUACCUCAAAAUGCCAAAAACUCCACUGAACAAGUGAACAGAACGGCUUGGACGUCCAUUGAGUUACUCGCUGCCGCUAUCGUCGCCAACGCUCCCGUUCUGUACGGACUCCUCGAAGGACGGAGGGAAAGGUCAAAGAACGCUCUAUCAGGAGCUGGAUCAGCUAAGCUGUCACAGGUACUUCAAAGGGGACCAUCAAAUGACCCUGAAUCAGAACUACUACAAGGGACCCGCCAUAGUAAGAGAGGGUCCGCCUUCGGUCCAAAGAUAUCAUGCCGGAAUUAUUUGGGGAUUGAUGGAGAGAGCAGUCAGUCGUUGACUCGAAGCCUGGAAAAUUAG